GUGAAGACGGAGAUCAGCGUGGAGAGCAAGCACCAGACCCUGCAGGGCCUGGCCUUCCCCCUGCAGCUGGAUGCUCAGCAAGCCAUCCAGGCACUCAAGCAGAAGAAAAUCAACUACAUCCAGCUGAAGCUGGAUCUGGAGCGGGAGACCAUUGACCUGGUGCACACGAGCCCCACGGAGAUCGCUGACCUGCCCAAGAGGAUUCCCCAGGACUCGGCUCACUCGCAUGAGGGAGACUACCUGGAGUCUGUCGUCUUCAUCUACUCCAUGCCCGGGUACAAGUGCAGCAUCAAGGAGCGCAUGCUCUACUCCAGCUGCAAGAGCCGGUUACUGGACACUGUGGAGCAGGAGUUUUGCCUGGAGAUAGCCAAGAAGAUCGAGAUCGACGAUGGAGCUGAGCUGACGGCAGAGUUCCUCUACGAGGAGGUGCACCCCAAGCAGCAUGCCUUCAAGCAAGCCUUCGCCAAGCCCAAGGGGCCCGUGGGGAAACGGGGACAGAAGCGGCUGAUCAAGGGGCCGGGCGAGAACGGCGAGGAUAGUUAG